CGUGACGUACAGCGUCAUCUAGCGUCAGCGCGGUGCGGAAGUGACGUAGAGGUGAACGCGCACGCACGUGUGUAGCGCAGCAUGUUUCUGCAGCACAUGUUUGUGUUUAUGUGACUGUAAGAACGCUGAUCGGAACCGGUGUGAAACUCGAGCGGCGCUGUGUCGGUCAUGACGGGGGAACACGAGCGGUAUCCGCCGCCGAACUUCAGCGCAGCAGCGGCACCUCCAGCGGCACCUCACUGGAGCGGCUCCACGCCGCAGAGCAGCCGCAGGUUCGAGGCGUCCCGAGACUGGAGCUGGACUCAACCGGCACAGACCGGACCCUGGCCCGGCCACCACCAGCCGCAGCAGUACGCAGGUCAUCUUCAUCAUCACCAUCCUCAGCCUCCUCAUCAUGGCUGGCGGGGUUCAGCGCAGCAUCACUGGGGUGGAAAGAAGCAGCAGAAAGAGCCUGGGUUCAGUCAUUUCUGUGACACCUGUGACCGAGGCUUCAAAACUCAAGACAAAUACGAUGAACACAUCUCGCAGCAUGUGAAGUGCUCUGUAGAAGACUGUCUCUUCACUGCACACGAGAAGCUGGUGAAGAUCCACUGGAGAAACAAUCACGCUCCAGGAGCCAAGAGGAUCAAACUGGACACUGCAGAGGACAUCUCCAGAUGGAGAGAGGAGAGACGCAAAAACUACCCAACGCUGAGAAACAUAGAGAAGAAGCUGAAGCUUAUGGAGAUGAAGGAGCAGCGAGGAGACGUGCUGGAGACGGCUCAGUUCGGUCGCAUCAGGAGCCGCGGUAGGGGACGAGGAUCUGACCGCUGGAGAUGUGAAGGGUCCCGUCAUCACACGAGCUCUGAGACGGAUCUGAAGCGGCCGCAUCAGGACAGAGAUCCUCUGGCGGCUCUCGUCUGCAGUGACCCCGAGUCUGAUAAGGACGAGUCUGUUCAGCAGACGCCGACUGGACUCACUGUCGCACCCAAGAGCGUGACCUCUGCCCUCGGGUCACUGAUGUCCAGCUACGGGGACGAUAUGACCUCCAGCGAGAGCGAAGGAGACACAGACGACGCUCCAGUGCUGAGAGUCAGUCAGGCUUUAGAGGAGAAUAAGACGCUCCUGAAUCCUCAUCCACUUCCUGUCCAGAGGAUCCCAGCGCCGCACGAGGAGAAACACACACACACACCACAGCAAUCCCAUCAUGCCCCGGCCGGCAGAGGAAGAGGACGCGGUCGUGGUCGCGGGGCGAGAGGAGGACGAGGCGGUAAAACCUGUAAACCUGCUGAAACACAGAGACAUCGCCCAACACUACUAGAGAUGCUACUGGCUCCAGAUAUCCGUCACGAGAGGAACGUGGUUCUCCAGUGCGUCCGCUUCAUGUUUCUACUGGCUCCAGAUAUCCGUCACGAGAGGAACGUGGUUCUCCAGUGCGUCCGCUUCAUCGUGCGCAGCGGGUUCUUCGGUCUGGCCGCUCGAGACUCUGGUGAGAUCAGUGUGUCUGUGAACACAAGCGCUGAGCGAGCGUCAGAUGAGGACCUCAGUGGAGACUGUGACAGGAGCGCAGCGAUGGGCGUGUCCUGCGCCGCGGCCCCGCCCCCUGCUGGCGUCACCGCAGCUGCUAGCUCGUCGGUUAGCGUGCUAACAGCGGUCGGUAGUGAUGAGACAGCAAAGCUGCGAACGAAGCCAUUCCAGCAUCCUCACGCAGGCCAGAGAGCAGACAGCGGCGGAGAACGGGUUUAA